AUGGUUGGAUUUGUCAUCGGUGGUCUCGCUGCCUGUGGUGCUGUUACUUUUACUAACCCUUGGGAGGUAGUCAAGACAAGAUUACAACUACAGGGUGAGUUAGUACGAGCGGGUGCAUUGACUGAGAGUGCUAGGCCUUAUCACAACAGUUUCCAGGCGCUCAAAGUUGUGCUAGAGCACGAGGGUAUCCGUGGUGCACAAAGAGGAUUGAGCGUAGCAUACAUUUAUCAAAUUUGUUUAAACGGUAGCCGUCUCGGCUUAUAUGAACCAGUAUUCAACACGGUAAAGAAAUCAUUGGACUUGUCCUCAAAUGGAAGCAUACUGGCAGCUAGUGUAUUUUCUGGUGCAUUUGCUGGUGUUGUUGGAGCGGUGUUGGGUUCACCUCUAUACCUCAUAAAGACCAGAAGACAGUCAUACUCGCCUGUUUUCAAAACAAUUGGUUAUCAGCAUCAAAUGGGAUCAUCCUGGAGUGCGCUCAGUCAGAUCUACCGUGCAGAAGGUAUCAAGGGUCUCUUCCGUGGCGCAGAUGCUGCGAUGGCAAGAGCGGGUGUGGGGUCAGCUGUUCAAAUGCCUACGUAUAUGCUUGGCAAGGAUAUGCUGAUCAAACGAUUCGGGUUCCCUGAUUCAGUCAGUACUCAUUUUGCUACAUCCAUGUUUACAGGUGUCCUGGUCUGCUUGGCCAUGAAUCCAUUCGACGUUAUCUCCACACGAAUGUAUAAUCAAGGUGUCGAUCCAGUCACGGGUAAAGGUUUACUCUAUAAGGGGCCCUCCGAUUGCUUUAUAAAGAUUGUAAAGAUUGAAGGUGUGCGUGGUCUUUACAAGGGAUUCCUUGCACAUUAUCUGCGUAUUGGUCCUCAUACGACACUCAUGUUUGUCUUUAUGGAACAAUUAAAGUCGAUAUAUAAUAGACAUUUAGCAUAA